GGCCGCCGCCGCCGCCGUCCGGGCGGCCUCUGAAGCCGGGGAGACAGGCCUAGAGGGGGCCGGGGGAGCGGCAGCCGCCGCCCCCCGAAGGUGCCGUGCCCGGCCCGGCCCGGCGCGGCCCGAGCCACACCGCCAGCCGGCCCCGCAAGGCCGGGCCCAGUCGAGCCCAGGCUCCGUCCAGGCUGCCCUGAAACACAGCCUGCAGGUUCCUGGCACCAGCAGAGAACCUCAGAGUACCUGCGACCUGCUUCCCAGGCCUCCGCUUGGGGUGAAGCAGAGAAGUUUCUGUAUUCAGCUGCCCAGGCAGAGGAGAAUGGGGUCUCCACAGCCUGAAGAAUGAAGACGCGACAGAAUAAAGACUCAAUGUCAAUGAGGAGUGGACGGAAGAAAGAGGCCCCUGGGCCCCGGGAAGAACUGAGAUCGAGGGGCCGGGCCUCCCCUGGAGGGGUCAGCACGUCCAGCAGUGAUGGCAAAGCCGAGAAGUCAAGGCAGACAGCUAAGAAAGCCCGAGUAGAGGAGGCCUCUGCCCCGAAGGUCAGUAAGCAGGGCCGGACCGAAGAAAUCUCAGAGAGUGAGAGUGAGGAGACCAGUGCCCCCAAAAAGACCAAGACAGAGCAGGAGCUCCCUCGGCCUCAGUCUCCCUCGGACUUGGAUAGUUUAGAUGGGAGGAGCCUCAAUGAUGACGGCAGCAGCGACCCUCGGGACAUCGACCAGGACAACCGCAGCACGUCCCCUAGCAUCUACAGCCCCGGAAGUGUGGAGAAUGACUCCGACUCCUCCUCCGGCCUGUCCCAGGGCCCAGCCCGCCCCUACCACCCCCCUCCGCUCUUCCCUCCCUCCCCAUCACCAGCAGACAGCACCCCCCGACCGCCCGAGCCGGGCUUUGAGCCCCAUCCUUCGGUGACACCCACUGGCUAUCAUGCCCCCGUGGAGGCUCCCCCAUCUCGAAUGUUCCCGGCCCCUCCCGGGGCCCCUCCUCCUCACCCACAGCUCUACCCUGGGGGUGCCAGCGUUUUGUCCGGACCCCCAAUGGGUCCCAAGGCUGGAGGGGCUGCCUCUUCAGUGGGGGCCCCUGGUGGGGGUAAGCAGCACCCCCCACCCACCACUCCCAUUUCCAUCCCAAGCUCCGGGGCUGGUGGUGCCCCCCCGACCAAGCCACCCAACCCUCCAGUGGGUGGUGGGAACCUGUCCUCCGUGCCCCCGCCAGCCACCUUCCCCCAUGUGACACCAAACCUGCCUCCCCCGCCAGCCCUGAGACCCCUGAACAAUGCCUCGGCCUCUCCUCCAGGCCUGGGGGCCCAGCCGCUGCCUGGGCAUCUGCCCUCGCCCCAUGGCAUAGGGCAGGGUCUGACCGGACUGCCUCCUGGCCCCGAGAAGGGCCCCACUCUGGCUCCUUCACCCCACCCUCUGCCCCCCACUUCUUCUGCCACGGCCCCACCCAUGCGGUAUCCCUACUCGGCCUCCAGCUCUGCCGCUGGCUCCUCGGUCAGCUCCUCUUCCUCCUCCUCUGCCUCCUCUGCCUCGGCCUCCUCUUCCUCCUCCUCCUCAGCCUCCCAGUACCCGGCUUCCCAGGCACUGCCCAGUUACCCCCACUCCUUCCCGCCCCCCACCAGCCUCUCCGUCUCCAAUCAGCCCCCCAAGUAUACACAGCCCUCCCUCCCCUCCCAGGCCGUGUGGAGCCAGGGCCCGCCGCCACCUCCUCCCUACGGCCGGCUCUUAGCCAACAGCAAUGCCCACCCCGGCCCCUACCCUCCUAACGCGGGGGGCCAGUCCUCUGCCCACCCACCAGCCGCCACACACCACCACCACCACCAGCAGCCACAGCAGCAGCAGCAGCCAGCACCGCAGCAGCACCAUGGAAGCUCGGGCCCCCCUCCACCUGGGGCGUACCCCCACCCUCUGGAGAGCGGUGGCACCCACCAUGCACACCCUUAUGCCAUGUCUCCAUCCCUGGGGUCCCUGAGGCCCUACCCGCCCGGGCCUGGCCCUGCACACCUGCCUCCACCACCGCACGGCCAGGCGGCCUACAGCCAAGCGGGCCCCAAUGUGCCCCCCACAGCCGCUGCCUCGGCCUCUUCCAACACCUCCUCUUCCUCCUCCUCUUCCUCGCAAGGGCCCUACCCUUGCUCACAUCCCACCCAGCAGAGCCAGGGUGGCCAAGGCGCCCCGUACCCCUUCCCGCCGGGCCCACCGGUCACCACCUCUUCGGCCACCCUAUCCACGGUCAUCGCCACGGUGGCCUCCUCGCCGGCCGGCUACAAGACCGCCUCGCCCCCGGGCCCCCCAACCUACGGCAAGAGGGCUCCUUCCCCUGGGGCCUACAAGACCGCCACCCCACCGGGCUACAAGCCAGGGUCACCACCUGCUGCUUUCCGCACGGGGACCCCGCCUGGCUACCGAGGCGCCUCGCCUCCUGCUGCACCCGGGACUUUCAAGCCGGGCUCGCCCACCUUGGGGCCCGGACCCCUGUCCACUGCGGGGGCUUCUGGCCUGCCACCUCCACCACCACCGCCGCCUCCUCCAUCGCAGCCUGCCGCCCCGGCGUCCGGGCCGGCCCUGAACGCCACGCAGAUCAAACAGGAGCCGGCCGAAGAGUAUGAGACCCCCGAAAGCCCGGUGCCCCCUGCCCGCAGCCCCUCGCCGCCCCCCAAGGUGGUGGAUGUGCCCAGCCAUGCCAGCCAGUCGGCCAGGUUCAACAAACACCUGGACCGCGGCUUCAACUCGUGCGCGCGCAGCGACCUGUACUUCGUGCCGCUCGAGGGCUCCAAGCUGGCCAAGAAGCGCGCCGACCUGGUGGAGAAGGUGCGGCGCGAGGCCGAGCAGCGCGCGCGCGAGGAGAAGGAGCGCGAGCGCGAGCGGGAGCGCGAGAAGGAGCGCGAGCGCGAGAAGGAGCGCGAGCUGGAGCGCAGCGUGAAAUUGGCCCAGGAGGGCCGCGCCCCCGUGGAGUGCCCGUCUCUCGGACCCGUGCCACAUCGCCCUCCGUUUGAGCCGGGCAGCGCCGUGGCCACGGUGCCCCCCUACCUGGGGCCGGACACCCCGGCCCUGCGCACGCUGAGCGAGUACGCGCGGCCGCACGUCAUGUCUCCGGGCAAUCGCAACCACCCGUUCUACGUGCCCCUGGGUGCAGUGGACCCGGGGCUUCUGGGCUACAACGUCCCGGCCCUCUAUAGCAGCGACCCGGCGGCCCGGGAGCGGGAGCGGGAGGCCCGGGAGCGAGACCUCCGGGACCGCCUCAAGCCCGGCUUCGAGGUGAAGCCCAGCGAGCUGGAACCCCUGCACGGGGUCCCCGGGCCCGGCCUGGACCCCUUCCCGCGACACGGGGGCCUGGCCCUGCAGCCGGGGCCGCCCGGCCUGCACCCCUUCCCCUUCCACCCCAGCCUGGGGCCCCUGGAGAGAGAACGUCUGGCCCUGGCGGCCGGGCCGGCCCUGCGGCCUGACAUGUCCUACGCCGAGCGGCUGGCCGCCGAGAGGCAGCACGCGGAAAGGGUGGCCGCCCUGGGCAAUGACCCCCUGGCCCGCCUGCAGAUGCUCAACGUGACCCCGCAUCAUCACCAGCACUCCCACAUCCACUCCCACCUGCACCUCCACCAGCAGGAUGCCAUCCACGCAGCUUCUGCCUCGGUGCACCCUCUCAUUGAUCCCCUGGCCUCAGGGUCUCACCUUACCCGGAUCCCCUACCCGGCCGGGACCCUCCCCAACCCCCUACUUCCUCAUCCUCUGCACGAGAACGAAGUUCUUCGUCACCAGCUCUUUGCUGCUCCAUACCGGGACCUGCCAGCCUCGCUCUCGGCCCCCAUGUCGGCCGCCCACCAGCUACAGGCCAUGCACGCCCAGUCGGCCGAGCUUCAGCGCCUGGCCCUGGAGCAGCAGCAGUGGCUGCAUGCGCACCACCCGCUGCACAGCGUUCCACUCCCUGCCCAGGAGGACUACUACAGUCAUCUGAAGAAGGAAAGCGACAAGCCGCUGUAGAGUCUGCACGCCCGAGAGCACCCAUGGCCCCUGCACCUGCCGCCUAAGAAAACGGGGUGCCGCCCAGUUGCAGGGUCUCGCCACUGGGCAGCCGAAGGCAGGAAGGGACAGCUGGAAGGCCAGAGCUCCUGCAGCCUGCGGAGGUGGAGAGGUGGCAGGGUGGGGGCAGAAAGCGCACAGAAUCUUGGACCAGAACACCCUCUUCCUUGUCCCCCUCGCUUUCUUCCACCCUCGUGCCCACCCGACACCCACCACCCCAGUUGCCACCGCCCUCUCCCCUCGCCCCGUUGGUGUGAUUAUUUCAUCUGUUAGAUGUGGCUGUUUUGCGUAGCAUCUUGUGCGCCCCACCCCCGGCACCCCCAGUUCCCCUCAACCCCCUGUGUGCGCGCCCUCUGCGAUGUAUGCCCCUUGCCCCUACUCCCACAUUAAUAAUUUAUAUAUAUAAAUAUCUAUAUGACGCUCUUUAAAAAACGUCCCAACCCAAGCCAAACAAAAACAUCUUCACAAUUCCCCAGG